ACGUACCUAGAUCGUGAUAUGUCACGGGGAAUAGACGCUCAUCAUUUUUUGCAUCAUUUUUAAGAGAAGCUGCAAGUACAUUCACCCGUCAUGAGGACUUGUAUUUUGAUCGCGGCGCUUUCUUGGGGGCCGCUGUCGUGCGCCCUUGCACCCGGGCCCAGGACGGCGGACCUGUUUGACGAUCGAUCCUACGCCAGCCACGAUGUCAUCACCCGCGACGUCGCUGUGAUUGGCGGCGGCUCCAGUGGCACUUACACCGCUAUCAACCUGCGUGCGCUUGGAAAGAGCGUCAUUGUUGUCGAGAAGAACAACCGCCUUGGCGGCCACACCUACACUUAUGCCGAUCCAUCAACGGGUGUAACCAUCAACUGGGGCCUGCAGGCGAUCUACAACAUCUCUGCGGCCAGAGAUUACCUUUCUCUUCUCGGUGUCCUCAUGGGCCCCUUCCAGCCCAACCCCGUGACAAGAACGUAUGCAGACUUCAAGACGGGAAAACCAGUCUCCGCUCCGAAAAGCCCUGGCUUUGCCGGGUACGCGGAGCAGCUUCACAAGUACCCCUAUCUUGCUUACAGCUGGGAUCUCCCUUCACCGGUGCCGGAGGAUUUGCUUCUGCCAUUCGGAAAAUUUCUCACCAAGUACAACAUUGAGGGCGUCGGCUACGGCGUCUACUUUGGUGGCCAGGGAUGCACCAACAUCCUCCAGCAGUUGACAGUGAACGUCUUCAAGAUGAUUGACGAUUCGUAUCUGAACUCCAUGACCGGAGCGGCUAUGAUGCCCGUGAGCGGCAACAACGGCGAGCUGUAUGACAAAGCCUUGGCCAUAUUGGGCUCAGACACUCUUCUGUCAUCGACUAUCGUAGCCUCCAAACGGUCUUCCAACCACGGCGGCGUGCGCCUCAUUGUCAAAAGUGGUUCGGGCCGGAAGCUCAUCAAAGCCUCCAAGCUGGUUAUCACCAUCCCGCCUCUCCUAAACAACCUGGCCCCCUUCGACCUCGACUCCACCGAACGACGUCUCUUCUCUCAAUGGCGCUACAGCAACUACUUCAGCAUGCUAGUCAACAACACCGGCUUGCCAUCUGGGUUCCAGUUCGCAAACGCCGUCAACUCUUCAGCAGGCACCUUCAGCAUCCCCAACCUCCCUGCCCCGUAUCAGAUCACCGGGACGCGCAUCCCGGGGCUCUUCUACGUCUGGUACGGCAGUCCCCAUGAUAUGACCGAAGCCGAAGUUAAGGCAGAUGUCACGGCUGUGAUAAAACGACUGCGUCACACUUUCAACUCAACCGUUACCACACCUCCCACAUUCGUCGAGUUCCGCAGCAACACUCCGUUCAAGCUUGUGGUUCCGGCCCAGGCGGUUACUGGUGGAUUUUAUCAAGAGUUGAAAGCGCGUAAGUACUAGCUCUUAGUUCCCAAUUCUUCAUUCACUAUAGGCUUAGGGUCGCCGUCUUCAAUGGGACCGAACUAAAAAUCACUAACAUGCCAAUAGUCCAAGGUCGCCGUGACACUUGGUACACCGGAGCCGCCUUCAUCUCCCACAGCUCAUCGCUCAUCUGGAA